UAUUAUUAUCGUUAUUCGUCGGUAAUCUCUAAAUUCAUCCUCUCCCAAAAACUGAAGCUAAUUCUAUAUCUCUCUUAUUACUAUUAUCAGAGUUAUUUCUCAGGCUUUCUUGUUUAAAUGUCGAGUAGCUCCAAAAGUGAUGGCGACAGCUCUUUUGAUGCUGAGGAACUUUUGCAAAUUGGGACUCGAUGCAGAGAGCUGCGAAAAGAAAAAGACAUGUUGAGAGAUUCACAACCCCAGAUCUUUGAACUUAUCAGGAGAUUAGAACUACAUGUGAAACAAUUAUCAGAGGCUCGUACUGAAGACAAGAAACACAUUCAGAAGUUGGAAAGGGAGUUGUUGAACUGCUCUCAAGAGAUAGAUUACUUGCAGGAUCAGCUAAAUGCGAGGAAUUCAGAGGCAUACACCCUGGGGGAGCAUGUGCAUGAGCUUGAGUUGAAAUUAGCUAAUAUGGAACAUUUACAAGCAAACAAUGGCCAGUUAAGAGAGGAACUGAAAAGGUGUGAGUCAGAGAACUUGUUAAUGUUACAGGAACUAGAGAGCAAAGAAAUAGAGUUGCAGGAGUCAGCUUUGUGCAUAGGGAAGCUGGAGGAGUCGAUUUCAUCUCUAACUCUAGAUUCCCAAUGUGAAAUAGAGAGCAUGAAGCUUGAUAUGAUAGCUUUGGAGCAGGCUUGCCUUAAAGCUAAAAAAACCCAGGAAGAAACCAUCCAAGAAAAUGCUAGGAUGAAUGGGUUAAUUAAAGAACUUGAAUUUCAGAUUCUUGAGGCAAAGGAAAAUAUUGAAUGUGUAGAGAAAGAGAACAUAGAAUUGAGGGACAAACUUGUUACGUCUGAUGUGAACUCUAAAUUAUUUCUUCAGCAGAUUGAGGAAUGGCUUGAAAACAAGGACACAUCACAACUUAAUACUCAAUCAUACUCAAGUGAGAUAGAGCACCAAAGUAAUAUGUCAAAAGAAAUGAGAGAGGCCUUAGGUCCAUGCUUUUCAAAGCUUGCAACACAAUUGGGAUCAGAAUCAAAUUUGAAGGAGUGGAUGGAGAGCAUGUCACAUCAGAUAAGAAAAUAUGAAGUUCUUGUGAAGGAGCUUAAGGAUGAAUUGAGAGAGGAAAAAUCGAAGGCAAAGGAAGAAGCGGAUGACCUAGCACAAGAAAUGGCUGAACUGAGGUACCAAAUGACGGGUUUGCUUGAAGAGGAGUGCAAGCGCCGUGCUUGCAUUGAACAAGCAUCUUUGCAGAGAAUAUCUGAACUAGAGGCACAGAUUGAAAGAGAACGGAGGAAAUUUUUUGCUGCUGCUGGGCAUCUCCAUGAAGCAUAGGCAUUAAGAACUGUGGAAAUCCAUUAAUUGGAAAUAAGGGUUCAGGAUGAUUUUUGAGGUUUCUGACAGAAAUCCGUACAGUAUGGAGUCUCAGGGAACAUGUCAAUACAUAUCAUUUACAAGAACAUUUUAGAAGGCAAAUUUUGUGAAUAUGGUUUUUGAAGAUUCAGCGGAUUACAGGACAGCUAUAUGAGUGAAGGAAAUAAUAUUACAUUUACAAAUGAAGGGCUAUGAGCAAUAUUUACUUCUUUGCUAUAUUUUUUUUGGGUCUGAUGAACGCAACAUUGAAUGAUAUUCUGCACCGCAUUUGAGUGGAACCCAAUAGAUUAAUCUGAAUGUAGAGGGUGCGAGUUUGUGCCUUUACCAUUUGUUUUAUUGUUCACCACUCCGUGGCUUGGGAUGCUUUGAUUAAUCAACCAGAAAUCUGUCAUUUGAAUUUUCUAGCUUA